UUUAUAUAUAUAUAUGCAGCAAGCCAGCUCCGUCACCAGCUUCAACCCAGCAUCUGUUGUUUUAUACCCUUUACUUUCCCUCUUUUGUUUACUCUUGCAUCCAGCGCUCGUUAAUCUUGUAUACCCUGCCUGCUGCGUUGUGGCUGUUCCUGUUGUGCCUGUCCUGUCUCCUCUGUCUGUCCUGUGCUGCUCGUACCCACCCACUCUCCCUGCUGCCAAUCUCUCGUGUUGGAUUCCUAGCGUCAGCCGCAGCAACGCAACAACAGCCUUAGUUCCGCCGCCGUGCCUUGCGUGUUCUAAUAAAACACUCGCUCGCCCGCCGCCCUGGUGUUGGAUUUCUUCCAUUCUCUCCCUCUCCCUCUCAUAUCUCUCUCCUCAAUUAUCGGCAUAACGAUACCUCAUUAACCUGUCAAACCCGUCAAACCCGUCAACCCUAUCAACCCCCUCCAUAUCGAUCCCUCUCGCCCUCCGUCACCAUGGGCAAAGGCGGUAGAAUAGCGUGUAUCUUCACGCCCUACCUCCUCUCAAUCGGCGCCCUAGUCUGUCUCGUCUUCGUCGGCUUGGGCGUGACAAACACAAAGGCUCCUCUCAAAAAUAUCUAUUUCGUCAAGGCAGACCUAAAAGACCUAGACCUCAACUCAAAGGGCAUCCCGAACGAACUCCUGCCCUUCACCAACAGCCUCCAACAAGCCGACGCCAGCGGCAACCUGCACGAUUUCUACCUCGUCGGCCUCUGGAACCACUGCUACGGCGAGUACGAGAACGGCGAGUUCAAGAUCGUUAGAUGCACCGACCGCAAGGCCAAGUACUGGUUCAACCCCAUCGACGAGUGGGAUCUCGAAGAUCUGGUCGAGGAUAAUAGCGACGACAAGUUCCUGCCCGAUAACCUGGACAAGGGCCUGAGCGCCUACAAGAAGGUUGCCGGCUGGAUGUUCAUCGCCUUCAUCGUGGCGUUUGUAGCGACCUGCGUCGAGUUGCUGGUUGGUAUCGCGGCUGUCUUUAGUCGCUGGGGUAGUCUGGUCGUUACCAUCGUGUCUGCUGUCUCCUCCGUCUUCUUCUUCGCCGCCGCCAUCACCGCCACAGCCAUGUACGCCGCCCUAACCGCCGCCAUCAACACCUCGCUAAAACCCUACAACGUCCACGCCACGCUGGGCAAAAACAUGUUCGCAACCCUCUGGCUCGGCGUCGCCUUCUCCCUCGCCUCAGGCGUCUUCUGGCUCUUUAGCGUCUGCUGCUGCUCCGGCCGCUCCCCCUACAGCCACUCCAACAACGCCGGCGGCGGCAUCGGUGGCGGCCGCCGCGGCACCCGCGGUGUCAGUGGCAUCACCGCUGAGAAGACUCCCUAUACGUACGAGCGCGUCUCGGACCCGUAUGGCGGCGCCGGCUCGACGACUGCGCCGUUCAUGCCUGCUGCGGCUGGUGGGCCCCCUGCUAAUGCGAAUGGGAGGGAUAUGGCGUAUGAGCCGUUCAGACAUCAUGAUGCGCGCGCGUAAGAGAGGUGUAUGGCGUGGGGAUUGUUUGUGGAUGGAUGGUUGGAUGCCAUGGUUGAGAUGAACAUGAGAUGAGAUGAGAUGAGAUGAGACGAGAUGAACGUUGUGUAGUUAUCGUUGUUGGGUUCGGGGUCUUGACUUGAUGUCUUGACCUAGCCCUCCUCCUUGUCGUGCUGCGCUGCCUUGCCCCCCCCCCUACUACCAAUAAACCCCCCUCCCCCUCCCCCUUCCCCCCGUAUGUACAUGUUUGCCCUGUGGGCGUGGGCGUGUGUUAUGUAUCUUGCAUGAAUACCUCCGCUUUUUGCACUGGAAACGGUGAGGAAGUUACGCAUGUAUAUUGACAUAUAUAUACACGCGGUUCCCCCCCUUUUGUUUUAAAUUAAGCCAAGAAAAAAAGAACCAAGGGGGGGUUCCGCCCCCCCCCCCCCCCCCCCCUUUGUAUCUUGCAUCCCGUCAUGUGAAAGCGAAAGAAAUUUAAUGUCCUUUUCUUUAUUUAUUUUCCUUAUUUUUCUCUUUCUCUUUUCCUUUUUUCUCUCUCUUUUUUUUUUUUACCUUGCUGUUUUUCCUUGAGCUGAGGACUCAAGUUACUUUACCGCCUCCCCGCCUCAAUUGUUUGCAUGUUAUGUUAUGUUAAAUAUACAUAUAUGUUUCUUAUUUCUCUAUUAUUUUAUACCUAUUUCAAAGUUUUUGAGUCUUCUGUUUCAGACUGUCUUUUUCUUUUCAUUUUUUGUUCAAAUAUGCAAUGUGAUUGAUAUUUGUGAAAAUAUAUAUAUAUAUAUAUAUAUAAAAUAUAGAUCUA